AUGCACCUCAUAAUAAUUCGUUGUCCCCUAAGACUUUACAAAUUAGGUCUUUUCUUUUCGAACACCUCUUUCCCUUCCCUCACCGCGCCUCUUCUUCUUCCUACUUUAAUCUAUGCGUUAUUCACUUUUCAUUUUCUUUUGGGUGGGGAGGCUGCUUUUCUUAAAUUAUUUUCUUUUUUUUUUUUCUUUUUUUACCUUCCGACUUAUGUUUUCGUCGCUUUUUACUUUUCUCUUAUAUUUUUUGUCCUAUUUCGACAUUUUGCAAACUCUUUUCCAUUUUCUUUCUCGUAUUUUUACACCUUUUUUUCUUCACGUGACUUCCGUUUUUUUUUCUUUUCUUGUUUCUUUUCUUUUCUUGUUUCUUUUCUUUUUGUUAUUUUUUUCGUUUCUCCUCCUCCUUUUACUUUUUCUUCUUUCUUUUUUAUAACCUCGUAUUCCUCUAUUUUUGCUUACCACUCUCUUUCUUCCUUCUGCUAUUCUCAUUCUCUCUCCUUCAUCUUGAAACUCUUUAAAACGUUCUUCCCUCUACGUAUUACUCCUAUUUUCUUCUUUCUUCCGCUUUUCAACAUUCAUUUUAUCCUUGUCUUCGUCCUCUCUCUCUCUCUCUCUCUCUCUCUCUCUCUCUCUGAGUUUCUGUACAUUUUUCUAUACUUAAUUUUCAACUGCCCAACCUGCCUCUUCGUCUCUUUAUCUAUUUAUAUCAAUUUCUUUAAUCUAUCUAUCUAUCUAUCUAUCUAUCUAUCUAUUUCAUUCCUUUCUCUCUUUCUCUCUGAAUCACUCCAUAAUCUAUGUUUGCUUCUUUUUCGUUUUUACCUUUUUUCGUUCGACAUCUUAUCAAAUUUUACGUUUUCCCCUCCUCUUUCUACUCUCCUUCAUCUCCCUCCCUCUCUCUCUCUCUCUCUCUCUUUUCAUUUGCUCUUCCUCUUCCUCUUCAUAUUCCUCCAACACCCACCUUCCCCAUUCUAUUUCUUAUUUAUUUUUCUUACAGUCUUUUUGUUUUACUGUUCUUUUCAAGGAUAUUCGGUUCAAGCUACAUAA